GUCCCUCCCUCUAAAAACACUCUGUGUGGGGAACAUGAGAGCCAGACCAAAGCUCAGAGGAACCCACCUGGACCUCCACCCAGCUGUGUGUCCUUAAAGAGUGACGCGUCUAAAAGUAUCCUUGAUAAUUUUAAAGUCCAGCCUCUGUCUGCUGCAGAGAGGGUGGACCAGGAGAGCUCAGAAGUUCCCAUUGAUCAGUCUGCCCAGCAGCAUCAAACACACCUGGACUCCAUAUUUAUGAUACUGGAGGACAAAAUUAUUACUUUUGUGAAGAGUGAGCUGAAGAAGAUCCAGAAAGAUCUGAGUCAGGAUGAUCUGGAAUGCCUUAAGAGUCAAUGCAAGGAUGAGGAUGUAUUAGUGUGUGAGGAUGAAGAACAGAAUAAGAGCAACAGAGAAGCAUUUGUGAAGAUCACACUGGCCUUCCUGAAGAGAAUGAAGCAAAAGAAGUUGGCAGAGCAUUUGGAGAGCAGGACCAAUACUAGAAACUUCGAGUGGUAUCACCAUGAACUUAAAUCUACCCUGAAGAAGAAGUUCCAGUGUGUGUUUGAGGGGAUCGCUAAAGCAGGAAACCCAACCCUUCUGAAUCAGAUCUACACAGAGCUCUACAUCACAGAGGGAAGGACUGCAGACAUCAAUGAUGAACAUGAGACCAAUCAGACACUCCUACGAGGCCUGCUGACACAGACAGGAAAGCAGGCUCUUCUGAGGCUGCUGCCAGUGGUCAAAGCAUCCAACAAAGCUCUACUGUCUGCCUGUAACCUCUCCGAGAGUAGCUGUCAAGCUCUGUCUUCAGUUCUCAGCUCGCAGUCCUCUAGUCUUGGAGAACUGGACCUGAGUAACAAUGACCUGCAAGACUCAGGAGUAAAGCUUCUGUCUGCUGGAUUGAAGAGUCCAAACUGUACACUGGAAACUCUCAGUCUUUCUGGCUGUCUCAUCACAGAGGAAGGCUGUACUUCUCUGGCCUCAGCUCUGAGCUCCAACCCCUCCCAUCUGAGAGAGCUGGACCUGAGCUACAAUCAUCCAGGAAAGUCCGGAAUGAAGCUGCUGUCGGCUGGACUGAAGGAUCAACGCUGGAGUCUGGACACUCUCAGGUAUUGA